GCAGUCAGAGAAAUCUAGAUCCCUUGUGAUAAAAGACUUUCAUUUGGGCAUUUAGAGAGUGGAAAAGGAUGAAGUGUGCUGCAGUAUUUCUUAUGCUGUCCAUGGUCAUCCUCAUGGCUGAACCUGGAGAGUGCAUUUGGGACGCAAUUUUCCAUGGAGCCAAACAUUUUCUUCAUCGGCUCGUCAAUCCUGGUGGCAAGGAUGCUGUCAAGGAUGUCCAACAAAAGCAAGAGCAGCAAAAAGAUCAGGAGCUGGAUAAGCGUGCAAUCAGUUACCACCCUCGUCGACUUAAUUUUGACUAGAUUCAAGCUACCACCAAAAAAACCCCAUUCUAUUGAAAAGAAAAGCUUCUUCGUCUAUAACAACAGAAAUAAAAUGCAGCUAAUUAUUUCUUGAAACUAUACUUUGUGUUACUUUACUUGAUAAAGUACUCUUAGCGUUUUUGUUUUUGUGAAUUGUCUUCUUUAAUAAAUUCAUAUUAUAGCAUGCUGAAA